UCAGCGGCCGAGGCCGGCCGACGGCCAGCACAGGCGUCUCGCUUCGGCGAACAUUGCUCAACACCGACUGGCUCCAGGACAUGACCAAUCAACAAGACGUUGCCACAGCUGGAAUGCCUCCCAAGCGAGAAGAGAUGACCAGCUCCCAGCAGGGUCGCCAAGACUGUGCCGGCUGCGGCAAAGCCAUCAGUGACAGGUACAUGCUGCGCGCGUUGGACCUGAUGUGGCACGAGGACUGCCUGAAGUGCGGUUGCUGCGACUGCCGGCUGGGCGAGGUCGGCUCCUCCCUUUACACCAAGGCCAACCUCAUUCUGUGCAAGAGGGACUACUUGAGGCUGUUCGGCAGCACCGGCUACUGCUCCGCCUGCAACAAGGUGAUCCCGGCCUUUGAGAUGGUGAUGCGUGCCAGGAACAACGUCUACCACCUGGAGUGCUUCGCCUGCCAGCAGUGCAAUCACAGGUUUUGCGUGGGGGACAAGUUUUACCUGUGCGACAACAAGAUCCUGUGCGAAUACGACUACGAGGAGCGGCUGGUGUUCGCGUCGAUGACGUUCAACCCAACGGCUAUCGCGCACAUCAAGCGCUCUACUUCCCACCUGCCGUGUCCGACGAGCGUGGCGGGCGGCGCGGUGAGUGGCACACAUCACGUGCCACAGGUCACACAGGUCAACCAGGACCACGAGCCGGAUGACAGCACAUAA